AUGCCCUCCGCAUGCUGGUUCUGCUUCCAGCACGCAUUUGGAGUUCUUCUCCUCCCCCUUGAACAGCCUCACGUUUCAGCCGAUUGCUCAGCCUCUUCGUCCUCCGCUUUCUCCUCUGCCUCCUCACUGUCUUCCAGCUCGUCGGCAGUCGACUUGUCUUCUUUUGAGUUCCCUUCGCCAACGUGGAGAGAGAUUGUAGCCGCGACUCGCCUCUGCGCGUCUGUGUCGAAGCGACUUCUUCUGGCUCUUCCCACGCUCUCUGGUGGAGCUUUCCGGCAAGCGGGUGUCUGCGCACCAGGGCAGACUCUCUCAGCGAUUUUGCCGACCAGCGAGGAGGCUUGCGCACUCGAGCGAGGCAAAAACGCCGAGAGUCUCCACCCUCAUCGGGGCGUUCUCCUGACACACGAGAGAGAGACGCCGCCUUCCUCGUGGGUCCCACCUUCGUGUACUGAUCCCUCCUGCUUGUCGUUAUCUUCUUCUCCCCCCGGCUUCGAGGCGUCGGCCCCGUCUCUCGCUUCCUCAUCGGCUGCUGCAUCCGGCAGUGGAGAAGGCGCAGAGCGUCGUGCGGAACCUUCACCGCCUAACUGCGCCUUCUCUUCGUGCGUUGAGGACCGUGAAUCCGCCGGCGAAAACGCCGAAACCCAACGGAGGAAGCGAGGCGCCGUUUUGGGAACGCAGGCAGGACAAGGAGCUGCCGAGACCCCCGGCGAAGCCCACAGUCGCCGGCGAGAGCGUGGAGAAGAAGAAGGUGUUGGAAGCGAAGAAGGCGCGAAGCGUGUGAGGAGUGCAGAGGGCCAAGGCCAAGAGGUGGGAGGCGGCGUUUUAGAACAAAGAGAAAUCGGAGUUCGAACAGAGGCAGGAACCGAACUCGCGGCAGACGAGUUGCCCGUAAAAUUCAUUUUAAUCGAAGUGACCAGGUGCGUACGUCUUGGCUUUCUCACGAUGUCGAACUCGAAGAAUUUGAUUCAGCGGCGAGCCUACCGGGAGCGUACGCAGGACGCCCGCCGGAGUCACAAGUAUCCUUUCCUGGAGAAGAAGCAGGACUGGAAGGUCCGUUCGCGUCGGUACAAGACCCAGCAGCGACUGAUUGCGCAUCUGGCCGAGAAGGCGCGCACGCGAAACGAGGAGGAGUUUUCGUUCCGCAUGCUCAAGGCGAAGCAGGUCGGCGGCGGAGUCGACAAGCUGAAAGGGAAGAGCGCCGGGCAAACAUUUCUCUUGACGCCGGAGCAAGCUGCGUUCUCGAAGGCAAGCGCUCAGCUCGUCUCCCGGAAAGGCCAGGAGAAGGUCCAGGAGCGGCGGAAAGGCCGCAGGAGGCGCGAGGAAGAAGCGCUCAGAUACGACCAGAAACUCGUCGAUCUCAAGCGCCAAACCCUGCGAAAACGAAUCGAAAAAACUCUCACGCAUGCCGCGGUCCUCGCUGGACAGGCUGACCCCCACAAAGGCCAGUCCGUCUCUCUGGAAGACGCAGACGACUCUGACGAUGUGGAAGACGAGGAAGGUGACGACCAAAGCGGAGAAGGCGAAGGCGGAAGCGGCGAAGGUGAAGACGAAAGUGAAGAAGGUGACGAAAACGAAGGUGGAGACAAUGCCGAAAGCGAAGAAGAGACUGACAAAGUCGAGAGUGACGAGGACGGAGAGACUCCCUGUCGCUGGCUGCGGCGUCAACGAGGCGGAGCGAAGCGCGACGAGGAAAGUGACUCGGGUUCCUCGGAAGGUUUCGACGGCUUCUCGGAUGAAGGUUCCGACUCUGUCGGGUCUGACGAGGAGACAGGCAGUGCGCCGACUCCAGGACGGAAGACGCGGAAAGGCAACGCUAGCCUGCAGCCUCGCAACUGGUUAGAGGGCCUCGCGCAGGACACGCAACAUGCGCGUCGUCUCACGAAGCUCGCCGCGAAACUCCAGCUGAAGUCUGACCUUGCAGGAAAAGGCAGAAGAAAACUCGUUCGCGAAGGCCACGCCGGUGAACCCCCUGUCUACAAAUGGGCAACCGAGAGAAAGAAAUGA